AUGAUCUCUGUCAUGGCGGAUGAGAAACAUAAGGAGUAUUUCAGGCUAUACUACUUUCAGUAUAUGAUAGUUGGCCUAUGUACGAUAUUAUUCCUUUAUUCUGAGAUAUCCUUAGUACCCAGGGGCCAAAAUAUCGAAUUUAGUCUGGACGAUCCUAGUAUAUCAAAACGUUAUGUGGCUAACGAACUCGUGGGUCCAUUAGGAUGCUUGAUUUUAAGUGUUGGACUGAGUAACAUGGUCGUGUUUUGGACCUGUAUGUUCGACAAAGACUUACUGAAGAAAAGUAGAGUAACGUGGCUAAGAGAGAGGCCAGACGAGAUCUCGAACGAUUUUCACUUUAUGCAUACUAGCAUUCUAUGCUUAAUGUUGAUCAUAAGCAUCAAUGCUGCCCUAACAGGCGCCUUGAAAUUGAUUAUAGGAAAUUUGAGGCCAGACUUUGUUGAUAGAUGUAUACCUGACCUUCAAAAGAUAAGCGACUCAGAUUCUUUGCUUUUUGGGUUAGACAUUUGUAAGCAAACGAACAAAUGGGUUCUUUACGAAGGCUUGAAAAGCACCCCAAGUGGACAUUCAAGUUUCAUAGUCAGUACCAUGGGCUUUACAUAUAUUUGGCAAAAGGCGUUUACCACUCGCAAUACAAGAAGUUGCAUUUGGUGCCCUUUACUGGCUCUGGUAGUAAUGGUCUCAAGAGUUAUCGAUCACAGACACCAUUGGUACGAUGUCGUCUCGGGCGCUGCGCUAGCGUUCCUAGUCAUUUAUUGUUGUUGGAAGUGGACAUUUAGCAACUUGGCGAAAAGAGACAUACUCCCUUCGCCGGUUAGUGUUUAG